UAAACCACAAUUUGUCGAAUGAAAUAAAAACCGAAAAGUGAAAAUUGCUAAUUUUAGUAAUUAUAUACAUGACGACAAACUCUUUUUAUCUACCACAGCAGCUCUAACAGCACAACUAAUUGAAACAUAAUUUUCGUAUUCUAAAUAUGAAGAACUCCAAUUGCGUUAACCAAAUUACUGUGGCUUAUAAUAUUUAAAUAAUAAAACGCAUAGAUUUCGCUGGAUUUUGAGCAAUAAGGGUAGUCCGCACAAACAGCAGUGCCACUCAGUGAGCAGCUGUUGCCAGCAGUGCGCAUGCCCACCACAUAUCGGUGUAGCGUACCAGCUGGUCGAUAUGCGCGCAGCAAGGUCGCCUUCGCCAUCGGCAUCGUCAUUGCCAUCGUACGCCAGCUCGCUGGCUUUUACGCUCGCUCGUAAGCAUUGCACCAGUAGAGAUUUGUUCAUCGACGUGUGCGUAUGGAAUUGGAAACUCGUGCGGUGCGGUCGUGCGAAUACAACACUGGUUCGAUAGCGGCAAUGUUCGGACGCGAAUCGCUUUGUGCUAAUUAACAUUUUUGUUUAUAAACAAACAAAAAAAAAACGCCGGGACGCCAAAUAUUAAUUAAAUACACCUUUAUGCAGGCAGGUGCACCAAAAAUAACUGUUUAGAUUGCUAAAUUAAUCAAAAUGCAAAUGGAAUAAUGGGCGGCAGCAGGAGUUACAGUGUGAGCAGCACGAGCAGCGUCGCCAGCAGCACGAGCGGAAAUUACAGUGAACACAGCGCCGCCGGCAGUGAGGAGCGUUGCAAGGCGACAAAGUUAGUAUACAGCCGAAACGUUAGUCAGCGUAUAGCAACUGCCACAGGCGCGGCUGGGACAGGAGGUGGUGUAAGCGUGAUGGCGCCACAGGCCAACCCACAGCAGCAGCAGCAGCCGAAAGUACAACGGGCGCGGUCACAGCGUAUUAUGUGUCGCUGUUGCCUAUCGGAACAACAGCCGGCGGCACGUCAGUCUUUGGGAUCGUGCUCCGAACAGGAGGUGGACGAGGAUGAGGCCGCGCACUUGGAGUUUGUGCCGUUGGACACCUUGGCCAUGGUGGAUUUGAGCGACGACCGGUUUGCAGCUGCGACGUCGGCGGACGCUGGUGACUCAUACAAGCCAGCGUUGACCAGGACAUCCCCGGCCAAAGGCAAUAAAGUCAAUAGAAUGUCAACAACAAGCCCUGUCAACAACAACAGCCGCACUGGCAGCAGUAGUAGUAGUGGUGGUAGUAGUAGUAGUAGUACUACUGGUAGUAUCAGCAGCACUCUGCUCGACUGUUUGAAUGCUUGUGCGCAUAUAGGCGCUUCACUGGCGGACAAUGAACUGCCUCAGCACAUCUGUCUUGACUGCUGCCACACGCUGGAGAUGUGCUGCGAGUUCAUACGUUGUGUACGGAAUGCGGACAAAAUUCUACGCAGACGCUGCGCGCUGCCGAUAAAACGGGUGCGACAACAGCAACAACAACAUUAUUGGCAGCAACGACAAGCAGCGGGCAUGCCGGCUGUCAGCGCUGACGUUUAUGGUGAGGAGGGGCCGGCUGCGAAACGUAGGCGGCGUCGCGAAGAGAAAGUGUCGCAAGAACAGCGCUUGAGUAUCGCUCGUGCCGGUGUCAGUGCAAAAAGUCUCGGCAACAACACGCCCAAGUCAAUAUCCUUGCCGAAGUCGUUGGCAACGUCGGCGUCAGCAGCGCUGUCAGUAACGUCAACGCCAAAUGCAUCGUCAGCUGAGAGGGAUGAAUUGUUGGACAUUAGCAAAGCAUUGGACGGCGUGGAGAGCAGCUUUGUGCGCUCAUUUGACAGUGGCAUUGAAGUUGACGAAGACUUGUGUUCGGUCAAAUCGAGCGAUUGCAGCGCGAAUGAGUAUCCGUUACGCUGCCAUCUGGCGAAGUAUGAAGGCUACACUUAUGUGGUUGCCGAAACGCUUUCACAUGAUCUCGAACGCUUCCACAGAUGUGGCCGAUCGCAGGCGUCUACUGCGUCUACUGGAGGCGGUGCUGCUGUUGCUGUUGCCGCCACCACGCCAGCGACUUACAAAUGCGGUUUCUGCAUAUUUGAGUGCAGCGUGCGGCAGGAGUUGAACAAACACUUGCAAAUGCAUUUGGGCCCGCCGCAACACAGCUGCCGCAAGUGCAAUUUUGUUGGACACUUCAAGUUUCUACUAGCGCAGCAUAUGCGUAAUGUACAUCACUGCGCCUUGGAGGGGCAAGAAGUCAAUCAAAAAUGUGCCGAACGGGGUGGCAGCGAUAUCGCACGCGGUUACCAGGUCGUCGGCGUCGGCGCGGCAGCGGAGAGCCCCAAAUAUCAUUGCCAUUUAUGUGCAGAAUGUUUUGUCAAUUAUGAUGGCUUGCAACAGCACCGAAAAUCGCACAAAGUGUUUUGCAAAUGCACCAUGUGUACGUUCAAGAGUUCGACGCGCGAGAAUGUUUUGGAGCAUAUGGCCAAAGAGCACAAGGUACUGGUGGAGCGGCGUUUAAGCGUGAAAUAUAUACCGCUCCAACGAAUCAAUGCUCUACAUAUACAAGAGCUUACGCCCACAAAAACAGUAAGCGUCGCUACGGAAUCGAACUUGAUACCAAAGCACAAUAAGUACCGCAAACAUUUGUGCCAAUUUUGUGGCAAGUGCUUCGACCGACGCUUCCAUUUGCUCAAGCACGAGUAUGGCGUGCAUCGCAUCGAAAUCGAACAGACGAAUAGCGACGUUGAUGUCUUGAUCCGCACGAAAUUGCCCAGCUACGGUGUUGGUGGCAACUCUAGCAAGCACACGAAGCUCAAGUAUUUGCGACAACGCAACGCAGUGCAGGCGGCACGUCAACAACGUUACAUAGAAGAUCUCGCGCUGCUGGACGAACAGCAGCCAGGACAGGACAUUAGCAAUAAAUUUCAAUGUGAAAUAUGUAUGGCAGUAUUUAUGUUUAAUUUCGAAUUGAAAUAUCACAUGCGCACACAUAAGACCAGCACACACACACAGACAAGGGUGGGCAGGGACUUAGCUGAUAAGCACACUGUCACGCCUCCGCCAACAUUAUCAACAGCUGCUGUUGCUGCAGCCGCCGCCGUUAUUGUACAACCCGAGCCAAAACUAACUAGCGCAACUGUUAAGGAAUGUGCGGAGAUAACGGAGCAAAAUCGGCAAACUGCUGACCAUGGCACGGAGUGCGAUGCGGAAAGUGAUGACGAUGUUGAUGGUGAUGCUGAAGGUGAAGGUGAUGGUGAUGGUGAAGGUGAUGGUGAUGGCGAUGCCGAUGACGAAACUUUAAAGUUCACGCCUGACAUCUCGCAUAAUAUCGACGCCACGUUGACCGGCUUGUCCGAUGGCGUAGAUUUGGAUUUGAUGGCUUUGGUGGCGCCUCAAACGUCGCCGCUGGAUUCGCUGGACGCUAGCCCGGCCAGCAGUAAUAAUAGUUUCGAUAUCAACUAUGAUGAUCAAUUGUAUUUGAAUGAUUUCGAUUUGGGUCUGCUGGAUUGCAGUGGCGUGUUCGCGGGAUUUUAAUCUCUAAAAUUAAUUUUAAAUUGUAGUGUAUUUGUUUUUGUUUUAAAAACUUUUUUUUCGCUUGGUUUG